GCGAGAUCAUGAUCUGAGGCGAAGUCGGACACUCAACCGACUGAGCCACCCAGGCGCCCCCCUACGGACAGUUUUUAAAGCCAAAGGGAUAAACAGAAGUUUCAGAGACUCAAUGAGUAGUGAAGGUCAGGAAGAUGAGGAGGGCUCGGGCAAAGGAUGCUGGCGAGGGUGACCCCUGAGACAACAGCCUGAGACCAGACGGAGAGCUACUGCUGCGCUCAACAAGAGCCAUUGCAGAGGAAGGUAGAGGGACAGAGCCCGAUGAGAGUAGGUUCAUGGGAGUGUGUGAGAAGAAGACGUGUCAGUGAGCUCGAUGGCUCGUCCUGAAGACUUUCUGUCGAACGGAUAGAGAAAUGAGGCCGGAGCAGGAGGACAAAAUGUUGUCUCUGAGGAGAGACCUACCCCCAUAUGUCGGUGGGAUGACCGGGUGACCCAAGAGACAGGCAACAGCUGAUAAUGCAGAAGAGGGGAGAAUUGCUGGAAAAAGCUUAAAAUUUGCAAAGCUCGUGCGGAGGUGGCAGGAAACUGAGGCACGGGGGCGGGGGUGUGGGUGGGAGUCCAGCUGCCUCACAGAAGGAAGGUAGAGAACACGGCUUAGUGGACUGGCCGGCAGGGACACGUGGACACCCUCGCGAGCGCUUCUCAGUGAAAUGAGUGGGUGAGAGCUGGCAGAACCCAGGAGACGAGUGGAGUGGGUGGAUGGAGUAGGGAAAUGAGAGACGGUCUCGGGGUGUCGUUAGGCGGUCAGGAAUUUAAAGAAAGGCCAGUCAGUGAGGCGGUGUUCUUUUUGUCUAGCUUCUCCCCGCUGCCUAGUAGAAAGGGCAGAGAGGGAGGUGUGAUGAGGCUGGGGUUUGUGGGUUUGCCGGCGCAAACGCACAAGCCACAAAGCCUGUUGCGGCUUAAACAGCAGAAACUUAUUGUCUCACGGUUGUGGAGCCUCACAUCAAGGUAUCCAUGGGGCCGAUUUCCUCGGAGUCCUCUCUCCCUGGCUUGUACACGGCUGCCCUCCUGCUGUGUCCUCACACGGUCUUCCCUCUGUGUGUCCCCGUAUCUCCAUUCCAAUUUCUUCUUCUUCCUAGGGCACCGGUUUUAUCAGAUUAGGGCCCACCUUAAUGACCUCAUUUUGACUGAAAUUACCUCUUUCAAGGCCCCGUCUCCAAAUCCAGUCACCUUCAGCAUUGAAAUGUGGGGCAAGGGGGACACCGAUCAGCCGAUCACCCCAGGUUCAAUUACCAGUGGUGACCGUGUUCCGAGGCAGAUGCUCCUUCUGAAAAAUCGUCAGAAGGUCAAUAACGGGCUGGCGCUAUUCACAUGCCUGCACCAUUCACCUCCCUGCAUCUCUGAUCUCGCAGGCAUCAACAUAAGAAGAAAGGUGAGUACAAUACAAUAACACAUUUUGAGAGAGAGAUCACAUUCACAUGCCUUUUAUUACAGUACAUUGUUAUAAUUGUUCUAUUUUAUCAUUAAUUAUUGUUGUUAAUCUCUUACUGUGCCUAAUUUACAAAUUGAACGUUUUCAUAGGUGUGUAUGUAUAGGCACAAACAUAGAAUAAAUAUAGGGUUCAGUGCCAACGGCAUCCCCUGGGGGUCUUGGAACGUACUCCGUGGUUAAGGGGGACCACUGUACUUAUUUGUUGGAUUCUUGCUAGAUGCCAGACAUUCAGCUAGGUUCUCUGUAUAUGUCACCUGAUUCAACUCUCAAAAUAAUUCAGUGAUACCCACGGAUAUUUUUAAGCCCAUUUUACAGAAGAGGAACUUGUCCUCCAGAGAAGCUUUGAUUACUUGCCCAAGGGGAAGGGCCCACUCAGGUCGCCCUGACCGGAAAGGCUGUGUUCUUACUACUCUACACAGGGAUUCCUCAAGGCCAGUCUAUUUCUGUCCCCUCAGCAAGCUAUCAUGGUGCCUGGCACAAGGUCCCUAAUACUGAUUGAAUGAAUGAAUGUCAAAAUACACCAUUUUUGGAGCCUCAGUGCAUUAUAACUAUGUGCAAAUAAGUCCACAAUAACAACAUUACCAUGUGUCAAGUGCCCAGCCUGUCUUAGGUAUGUCUGUUAUCUCAGGUAAUCCCUACUUUUUUAAAAAAAGUUUUUCUGGGGGCACCUGGGUGGCUCAG